CUGCGAUGGCGUGCGCUGCGACGCGCUCCACCUCUUCGUCCGCCGGCGGCAACGCCGACCGGGGACCCCGCGAGCGGCCGUCUUCAAUCCGGACGCGUCUUCUCGCGGACGGCCAGUGGAUGUGGCUGCGACGUUCCGCGCCGAACCCCGCAGAUGCCCGCUCGAUCGUCUCGGUGGUCACCUUGUGAAGUGCGAGACCGACUUCGCACGCUCCAUCCUGGUGUUCCUGGAGCCAUGGAUUUGCAACCUCCGGGCAUUCGACUCGUCAGGCUACUCUUGCUCGCACUUGCUAUCGGUGUUCGUGGGAGUCCGGACGCCAAGCGGCUGUACGAUGACCUCAUAUCCCGGUACAACAAGCUUGUCCGCCCCGUCGUCAACGACACGGACGCGCUCACAGUGCGAAUCAAGCUCAAGCUCUCUCAGCUCAUCGAAGUGAACCUCAAGAACCAAAUUAUGACGACCAACCUCUGGGUGGAGCAAUACUGGGACGACUACAAGCUGAGCUGGGACCCUCGCGACUACGGCGGCGUGGACAUGUUGCACGUGCCUUCGGACCACAUCUGGAGGCCGGACAUUGUUCUCUAUAACAACGCUGACGGCAACUUCGAGGUGACGCUGUCCACAAAGGCUCAGCUCAACUACACGGGCCGCAUCCAGUGGAAGCCGCCAGCCAUCUACAAAAGCUCGUGCGAGAUCGACGUAGAGUUCUUCCCAUUCGACGAGCAGACGUGCCUGAUGAAGUUCGGAUCUUGGACUUACGACGGAUUCAAGGUGGACCUCCGACACGUGGACGAGGUGCAAAAUCAGAGCUUGGUGGAAAUCGGUGUAGACCUGACGGAGUUCUACCUCAGCGUCGAGUGGGACAUUCUCGAGGUGCCCGCGGUGCGACACGAGAAAUACUACACAUGCUGCGAGCACCCUUACAUCGACAUCACAUUCAACAUAAGCAUGCGGCGCAAGACGCUCUUCUACACGGUCAACCUCAUCGUGCCCUGCAUGGGCAUCUCGUUCCUCACUGUACUGGUCUUCUACCUACCUUCCGACUCCGGCGAGAAAGUUGCCCUCUCCAUCUCCAUCCUCCUCUCUCUCACCGUCUUCUUCCUGCUGCUGGCCGAGAUCAUCCCGCCUGCGUCACUAGUGGUACCGCUGCUGGGCAAGUACCUGCUGUUCACCAUGGUCCUGGUCACCCUGUCCAUAUGCGUCACCGUCGUAGUGCUCAACGUGCACUUUCGCACGUCCUCCACGCACAGAAUGGCCCCCUGGGUCAAGAGGGUGUUCCUCCAGGUACUGCCGCGCCUGCUCCGCAUGCCCCGGCCCGAGCAGGAAGACCCCCUCUUCAAGCUCGUGGUGCCUAGUUGCAACGGCGCCGAAGCGACGCGAGACCCGUACGCCACCGCCUCGACGAGUGCGUCACCGGGCCCCGGCUUUGAAGACGGCGUGUACCAGCGGGACGAGGACCCGAUCGUCUGCAAGGUGCACGGUCUUCGCAGAACUGCCAGCGAGACGUUCGCGGAGUACGCGACGCAGCCGUCUUCCGUGGGGCACCGCCACCCGUCGCCACCUUCCCCACUGGUUGGCGGUGCACCAGCCAUGAGGCUCCACUUCUGCCCGGAGCUGCAGCGGGCGCUCGAGUCCGUGCACUUCAUAGCCGACCAUACGCGUCGAUAUGAGGAUCACAUCGAGGUAAAGGAAGACUGGAAGUACGUCGCCAUGGUGUUGGACCGGCUGUUCCUGUGGAUCUUCACGGCAGCCGUCAUUGUCGGCACAUGCGCUAUAAUAUUGGACGCGCCCACACUCUACGACACCCGCGAGCCCAUCGAUGUCCGACUGUCCGAGAUCCUUAGUGUGGUCUAUAAGGGACAUCAGUCCUAGUUAGCACCGCCCUUUCAAGGAUAGAAGCAGCAGAACUCAACACGAACUGUGUGUUGCAAACCAUGAGUGUUCGUACAUUUUAUUUUUUCUUUAAAGUGAUGGUGUUAUAGUUAUGAUUCAGCCCGAUACAGCAUGUCUUCUGAAGUUUCCGCACAUCCCACUACCGUGCGGGGCGCCUGCGUUGGUGCCACUUUUUAAGCCACGUGAGAACAACUCAAUGACUGCCUUGGUACAAUGGACCAAUGCGGGACGAGAGAAUGGAGCAUGCCGAAUUUCCAUGGCACUGACGUGUCGAAGUUACAAGGGUGUCGCGGCGUUCUUAUCUUGAUCCUCUACGCAGAAGUUUCAGUAUGAACUUCUUUAGUCCCACCAUUACCAAACGAAACCAAAGGUUAUAAAUAUAGCAAGACCACACAUACAGUUAGCUAUAACAUACGUUGUAACGCGCAAGGUAAGACUACCUCACAUGGAUUUAAUUUUUAACGCGGAGCUUUCUUUGACAUAUUCCAGGCAUAUCGCAGUGGGUAGCUUUAGGUCUCGCCUCGCUUAGGGCACUUGCAAUGAAGGCAAAUUGAUAUAGGUCUUACACUCUGCGAAAAUUAUUAUCGUUCAGAGUGUUCGGCAAGUAGUUCACCAUACGGAAUCGUUUGGAGUUCUGCAAAGCAUUAUCAGAUGGGCUGAAGUGUUUUGCGUAUGGCUGCGUGAUCCGAUCAUGCGUGCGAUUACAGCAGCUAGUCUACGACGGUAGUAUGAGGCCACCAGCAUGACUAAUGAUAUUUCUUUAUUUACUUUCGUACUACAGCUA